UAAACGGGAGUGAUUUAAUUCUGCCUUAUCAUUCUAGGCAUUUUCUCUUUUUUACAGAGACGGUCGGAAGUGUGAAAGUUGACUUGAGCGUUACGUGUGCGAUUUACAACGUUUGAACAUUUUACAGUGAAUAUCCUUCGCAGAGAAAAAUGAAGGAACUGCGCUUCGAUGGUCAAGUGGUUGUGGUAACAGGAGCAGGUGCAGGAUUGGGACGUACCUAUGCAUUGCUGUUUGCAUCCAGAGGUGCCAGCGUAGUUGUAAAUGAUUUAGGAGGCAACAGACAUGGAGAUGGAAGCAGCACCAAGAGUGCGGAUGCUGUGGUUGAGGAAAUUCAACGAAAUGGAGGCAAAGCUGUCGCGAAUUAUGAUUCUGUGUUAGAUGGUGAAAGAAUCAUUAAAACUGCAAUUGAUUCAUUCGGCCGCAUCGAUGUAGUUGUUAAUAACGCUGGUAUUCUGCGAGAUGUAUCGUUUGCAAAAAUGACGGAAGAUAAGUGGGACAUCAUACAUAAUGUACAUUUGAAAGGUGCAAUGAAAACGACACAAGCAGCAUGGCCAUACUUUAUUAAGCAGAAGUAUGGCCGUGUAAUUUUUACAUCGAGCAACAGUGGCUUAUAUGGAAACUUCGGUCAAUCCAAUUACAGUUCGGCAAAACUUGGUCUUGUAGGAUUAGCUAAUACACUAGCCAUUGAAGGCGCAAAGAAGAAUAUUUAUACCAACGUAAUAGUACCCACAGCUGGCUCGCGUUUAACGGAAGAUAUUAUGCCACCAGAUUUCUUUGAGCAGUUGAAGCCUGAAUUGAUAGCACCCGUUGUCUUUUGGCUGUGUCACAAAGAUUGUACAGAAAAUGGUUCGAUAAUUGAAGCGGCAUUAGGCUGGGCUGGCAAAUGUCACAUAAUUCGCUCUUCGGGUUGUGCCUUACGACAAAAUUUAUCGGUUGACGUUACACCGGAAACAGUAAGAGAAAAUUGGUCAAAAGUAACAGACAUGGCAUCGGCAAAGCGACUCAAUUCGAUUCAGGAAGCAACUGCAGAAUUAUUUGGCGUUCUCGAGGGAACGAAAAGUGGUGUUUCUUCAAAUGAAGUAGAUCAUAUCUUAAAGAAUGAUUAUAACUUCCGUGACAUUAUACUGUAUGCGCUCGGAGUUGGUGCUACAGUUCAAGAACCAAAUGAUAUUCGUUAUUUGUAUGAGAAUGCUGACGAGUUUGCGAUUUUACCCACCUACUUCGUUUUGUAUGGACCUAUGGGCUGCAUGAGCUCUUCUAUCGUGCAAGAUGCUGUUCCGUUUAUACUUGAUCCAACACAAAUACUUCAUGGCGAGCAAUACCUAGAAAUUCAUAAACGAUUACCUACGGAAGCUACAGUGGAGACGCGCUUUAAAAUUCAGGAUGUCUUGGAUAAGGGAAAAGGCACCGUUGUUUUAGUCCAACAUGAUACUUACGAUGUAGCAACCGGUGAAAAAUUAUCGAGUGGGCAGAUUUCUACAUUUAUCGUUGGUUCAGGUGGUUUUAAAGGAAAACGAACAUCGACAUUUGCCAUUCCGACUGUAGAUCCUCCCACUCGAAAACCAGAUAUAACAGUUAAACAAAAGACUAGUGAUGAUCAGGCUGCUUUGUACAGAUUGAGUGGAGAUUUGAAUCCUUUGCAUAUUGAUCCUAAUAUCGCCAUGAUGGGAGGAUUUAAAAAACCGAUAUUGCAUGGACUAUGCUCUCUGGGAUUCUCUGCUCGUCAUAUUCUUCAGACUUAUGCUGCUGGAGAUCCACAUCUGUUCAAAUCCAUUAAGGUAAGGUUUGCAAAACCAGUUAUACCAGGUCAGACUCUACGUACUGAUAUGUGGCGCAACGGUAACAGGAUACAUUUCCAAACAUCUAUCCACGAGACUGGAGUACCAGUUAUUACAGGUGCUUACGUUGAUCUGUUGGAGGUAAAAAUGGGAAUACCACGUGCAAAUCCGUGUUCUGCAAAGACAAAUCUGGACAGUGAUGCUAUAUUCGCAGCUAUGAGUGAACAAGUGAAACUGAAUCAGGAUCAAGCUAAAAAAGUUAAUGCGGUCUUCCUUUACAAUAUUACCGUUGAUGGGAAACAAACAUCUGAAUGGACUCUCGAUUUGAAAAAUGGUGAGGUACAUAAGGGAAAACCUAAAUCUGGGAAAGCAGACGCAACACUUACUUUAGAAGAUAAAGAUAUGGUUGAAAUCGCAUUGGGAAAAUUAAAUCCACAGUUGGCAUUUAUGCGUGGGAAAUUAAAAAUAACCGGAAAUAUUAUGCUUACGCAAAAGUUAAAGAGUCUUAUGGAAACUAACAAAGCAAAGUUGUGAUUUUUUAAUUUUGUUAUCAUAGUUCUAUAAAUAACGUAAUUUACGUAAUUAAGGAAUGCAGUAAAUUACGAAUUUUUUAAAAAUCCAAUUGAAAGUAUUUAUAUAGG